CACACACACACACACAUGCAGACGUGCACAAAGUUGAGCACACACACACUCAGACAUACUGCAAACUCUCCACAGGAAACUCUGAGCCAUAAUGCGAAGGCACCUCAGAGCAGACGGGUGCAUUGCUCAAACCAAGUGGGAUACGCUACGGCUUUGAUAGUGCGUUAAUUACUCAUGUGAUGUGAUACAGAUGUCUGGGGGCUUCAGCUGAAAGUUUGCCUGACGGUUUCCAAGGGGGCCAGGCAGACAUUUUAGAAGCGUGGCAUAUUGGGUCUCUCAAACCAAUUCCACAAUGGGCUCCAAAGCUGGACAUUUGUUUCUACUAAUGGCCUGUAUGAUAGCCAGAGGAAUGUGCCAGAUAUACGGGGCUGAAGCAAAGGAGCCUCUCCACAGCUUUCUGAUUCACUCCACCCUCCAGUCUCCAGGUUUCUACAGCACCGUCAGUCCAAGUAUAAGGUCCAGCCCUGCCCCAGAAGUGCAAAGUUUGGGAUCCGGCUCUGCAAAUGAAACUGUCAAAAAGACGGCACCUCCACAGUGCCUCGUAUCUCCGUCAAUUAGCAACUAUUUUAAGUACAUAAACACCAUGAUUUCCAUUGCGGUGUUUGUGGUCGGCCUGGUUGGCAAUGCCACCCUCCUGAGGAUUAUAUACCAACACAAGUGCAUGAGAAAUGGGCCCAAUGCCCUCAUUGCAAGCCUUGCCCUGGGCGACCUUAUCUACAUUUUCAUUGAUAUACCGAUUAAUGUAUACAAGCUCCUGGCAUCAGGGUUUCCAUUUGAAGACAGCGGUUUUGGCCUGUGUCUUUGCAAGCUUGUCCCCUUCCUGCAGAAGGCCUCUGUAGGCAUCACAGUCCUCAACUUGUGUGCUCUCAGUGUGGACAGGUAUAGAGCUGUGGCAUCCUGGAGCAGAGUGCAGGGAGUGGGCAUCCCUCUCCUCACAGUAAUUGAGAUCGUGUCCAUUUGGGUGCUGUCACUCAUCCUGGCAGUACCAGAGGCUGUUGGUUUCGACAUUGUCACUUUCAGCUACAACAACAACAGCACCAUACGUACUUGCAUGCUCAACCCGAAGACAACAUUCAUGAAGUUCUAUAGAGAUGCAAAGGACUGGUGGUUAUUCGGCUUCUACUUUUGUGUACCUUUGACUUGCUCUGCUAUCUUCUACACUCUGAUGACCUGUGAGAUGCUCAGCCACAGAAACGGCAGCCUCCGGAUCGCACUUAGUGAACACCUCAAACAGAGGAGGGAAGUGGCCAAAGCUGUUUUCUGCCUCGUGUUAAUUUUUGCCCUCUGCUGGUUCCCAUUGCACCUCAGCAGGAUUCUUAAGAGGAUGGUUUAUAAGCAAAACGAUGCAUCACGCUGUGAGCUAUUCAACUUCCUGUUGGUUUUGGAUUACUUCAGCAUCAACCUUGCGACGAUCAACUCAUGCAUAAACCCCAUAAUACUUUAUUUUGUCAGCAAGAAGUUCAAAAACUGCUUCAAGUCGUGCUUGUGCUGCUGGUGCUACUCUGACAACCAGCUGAGCAGCAUUGGACCCAUGAAUGGUACCAGUAUCCAGUGUAAAAGUCCAGAGCCCAACAACCUCAACACUGACCGCAGCAUCCGGAAAGACAGUAACUGACACCUCUCCCAAGGAGCCUCUUUUUCUUCCAGAUUUUAAAUGUCCAAGUUAAGAAUUUUAAAUGCACACAAUACUCAUCUUAAAAUGUAUACAUCAACAACGCUUGGACCACUCAGGCAACAUAAGAGUCAGGAAGAGACAUAAGAAACUGGAAUAGAAGGAACAAACAAUGGAAUGACUUUCCUGAGCCUUUCGAAGAGCUGAACUUCCUAAGAAAAACUCCCUUGGUUCCCACACCCAGUGACAGUGACAUUAAAGUUUUUGUGGAGGAGGGGGACAGGAUGAGGAAGAGAGCACAUUCAAGGGAUGCAGCUGAACUCUAAAAAUUGCUCUCUAUCAGGAGCUAAGAGUACUAUUCCUGUAAAGGGCAGCACAACAAAGGAUGCUACGAGAAGGAAAAGGCUGACCGCUCGGAGUGGAUAAAAAAAGUAUGAGUAUCUAACUCAUUUUAUUCAGCUACAGUGUGGUAUAAUCAGUGUAGGAUUUUCUUGAUGCUCUCAGUUUUUUUCUGGCUCAGAACAACACUAUUUUUCUAAACACAGACAGUGUAGGCAUGAAUCACAGACCUCCACAUUUAAGGUAAUGUAAUGUGAAAAAUAAAGAAAAUAAACAUUUGACGUGUCUGGCCAUGCCAAACAAACUUGCAGAGCUGCUGACUUUUAGUGUGAAGAGAUUAUUCCAACUCUCUGGUACCAUGGUUCAAGUCAAGUACAUCAUUGAUUUGAUUUCUAUCAUGAAGCUGAUGUCAUGAGUUUCUGAUGACCGAGAAUAGCUUUCAACACUGCAAUGGAUUUUUUAAAUCCAAAUUAAGCAAAAUAUAAUGUCAAUUUCAUUCAUAUAAUACAUUAAAGGAAUAUCUAUGAAAUGCUUUUAUAAAGUGUUAUUAUACACAUGUAAUAGGAAGUAUUUUACCCAGACCAUAUUACCUUUAUUAUCACUAAGCAAGCAUGUUGUCAAAAAUUACAAAAUGACAGAUAUAUUUAAGAAAAAGUAGGACAUUUUAUAAAAUAUGACUAAAGUUGAGAAAGAAUACAUAGCUCUUAUGUGUUAAAUUUGAUCUUGUUUGGUUCACAAAUAAGACAAGAAAGGGAGUGGGAAAGGUGACCUGAGAUCCAUUCCUUAAAUCACCGGUUCCAUUUAAUCUUUAAUAGAAAAAUCCAGCUUCAGUGGGAGGCUGAGAUUCUGACGUGCUACUUACAGUGGGUGAAGAAGAAUAUGGUUCAAGCAUUUGGUGUCUGUAUAAGCAAAAAUAAUCUAGACAUAACAGAUUUUGAACUUGGAUUUCUGAUUUAAAAAUAUACAAGAGACUGGGACCAAACCAUUGAUUUCUCAGCACAAAACUGAAUAUGGGUAUUUCCUAAAAUGUCAGUCUAUAGUUUUUGUGUGGAAAUUGUAUUAAGCUAAGCAGUAGGCCUUCUUAUGGUUUUGUGUAUUUGAGAUGUGAAUAAAUGUAAACCUGUGUUUGUUUUAAUGUGUGCUUGCAUAUGUGCGAGCUAUUACUUCCACUCCUCUAAUUGGAGUGUUUUGCACAUAUGUAUAUGUCCUCGGAGUUGAACAUUGUCCUACCACUAUGCAACCAAAGCCAUUCACCAAAACCUGUGAUCAAUAAUCGUCAUCUCCGAUUUGCAUGUUGGACUUGCAUGUAAAUGCUGCGGAAACCAAUAAAUAACUUUCCCUCUAUGCUGCACCGAC